AUGAGACAUCUGCAUAGCUAUCUAUAUGUCCACAUAAACAAUUUACGUCGGGAAAAGACACUAGUGAUACGCUGUGGUGUCAAUACCCCUACUCGCCGACCGCCCGGUACACGACAUACGCUACCUGUGGUAAAUGCAAAUGAUGUCCUGCAGCCUUUAUUUUCAAGAAUAGAAAUAAAGAAAUAUAAAGUGGGGGGAGGGGAUCAGUAUAUACCUUCCCUAUCUAUCUCACAUUUUUCCUCAUUUUUCUUUAUCUUUUUUCUUUCUUUCUUUGCUUUGUUUCUCUGUUGCCUUUUACUUCUGUUUAUCUAUUUCUUUCUCUCUUUUUUUCUUUCUCUUUUUCUUUCUUUUUCACGCUCUCUUUUGUUUCUCUCUCUCCUUUUUACACAUUUUUUCUCUCUGUCUUUUUACCUCAUUUGUACUGUCCCUGUCUCUCCUCUUUUUUGCCUUUUUUUCUCAUAUUUCUCUCUUUCUGUUCCUCUUUCUCAUCCUCUCUUUAUUUACUUCUUGUCCGCUUUUCCUUCUUUUCUCUAUUCGUCUCGUCACCCCCACUCUCUCUCUCCUCUCUCUCUCUCUCUCUCUCUCUCUCUCUCAUACACACACACGAACUAUCUAUCUAAUUUCUAUCUAUCUAUUUUAAGUCUUGAUAUCUAUGCAUCUAUCUCUUCAUAUUUAUCUUAUCUCUUCAUAUAUAUCGAUCUAUCAUGCCUAACUCUUCAUAUCUAUCUUGCCUAUCUAUCUUACCUAUCUAUCUCUUCAUAUCUAUCUUGUCUUUCUAUCUCUCUUCCUAUCUACCUUUUUUUAUCUAUCUAUCUGUCUGUCUCUCUGUCUUGCCCCUGCCUAUUUCUCUCUCUCUUGCUUAUCUAUCUCAUCUCUUCCUAUCUAUAUAUCUCUCUGUCUUGCCUCUCUGCCUCUCUAUCUCUCUUGCCUAUCUAUCUAUCUAUCUAUCUAUCUAUCUAUCUAUCUAUCUAUCUAUCUUGCUUCUCUGCCUGUCUAUCUUGCCUAUCUAUCUCUUCAUAUCUAUCUAUCUAUUUUGUUUAUCUGUCUCUUUAUAUCUGUCUAUCUGUCUAUCUAUCUAUCUAUCUAUUUAUCUAUCUGUAUGAUAGCGUAACAACAAAUAAAAUUCUUCCUUGA